UCGGUGAUAAGAUGUCUUUUGCAAAUUUAAGGAUGACGCCGUCGCAUCAGUUGGUCCUGCGGGCCUCUGAUGCGGCGGCGGCCUUCACCGCCGCCAUGGGGCCACGCGGGACCCAGGCUCCCGCCAGCGCCAAGAGGCCGGAGGAGGUGGAGAAGGAGGCCCGAGCCCGCGUCGUCUCCGAGGGUGGUGACCCCGGGAACCCCAUGCUGGUGCUGGGCUGCCACAGCAUCCAGCCUGGCAAGUACCGGGGUCAGACCUUCAGAUGGCUCCUGGAGAACGACGCGGGCUACGCCUGUCACCUGGUCGCCAGUCACCAGCGGGAGCGGGAGACGAGUGCCUUGGACAGCCCGUUCAUGGCCAACAAGGACAGCCUCGCCCGCUACUCCUGCGCCCACCCCGCUUUUGCGGAGCACCUCAAGUUCCGCCGGGCGCAGGAGGAGGCCCGGGCUCGCGCCACUCUGCCCGGGCGGGGGGGCGAGGCGCUUGUUGGCUUCGGGCUGUUCAAGGAGGACACCCUGAAGGACCUGUACGAAUCCAAGGACAAGGACCGUCAGGAAUACGUCAAGUGGCUACGACGGAAGACACCGCAGCCUGGGAGCUCCAUGGACGCCGCCAUUCAGUACUUCUUGGGCCGAGACAAGGAGCGGUCGGCGGAGGCGGCUGCUACACCCCCUCCGCCCGCCAGCAGCAGCACCAGCAGCGGCCCCAGCACCACCACCAGCCAGGCCGCUGCUUCAACCGUGCUGCCGCCCCGCAAGCCGACCGCUCCCAAUUUCUCGGCCCUUGUGCGCGGGCGUCCGAUGGGCCCCAGGGAGCUGCAGGCCCAGAUCAGGAGACUGAUGAGCCCACCAGCACGGCCUGCAGCUCCAGCGGUGUCUUCCGUCAGAGACCAGCGCCCCUCGGUUCCGCCGCCCCCCACCACAGAGGUGACGGACGAGGAGCUGGUCCGGAUGGUCACUGAUGUAGAAAUGGGUAACUGGCACCACACCGGACGUGUCGCACUGUAACAUUGGCCUUGGAUAUCUAUUCUUGAGUCAGUAUGUUUGUAUUAACUGUAACUUUUUAAUUUGCUGGUCGCUAAAGCUGAUGCCUGAAGGAUAAAGGUAGGUUUAUCAGGUGAUGUAGCCGUCUUUGUAGGUGGUAGACGCGCCGUCCUCUCUCACGUGGUGGUAAUGUGGAUUUGAUUAAACUCCCAGUCUAGCAAACCUCGCCUUGUAACUAACAGUCGCCUUGUAGCACUAAACCAUUUGAUCUAAUCAACGGCAUGCUGCACGUCAUGAAUGCUCAGACUCACUUAGUCUCGCUUGCCCGUGUGUUGCCCCGUCACUCUCAUUGUGCUGAUGCCAUUUGGUUGUGCGUGACCGUGUCUGAAGCUGGCGUACAGGUCCUUCAGGCCCUCCCGCUCCCGCUGGUGACGCCUCCGACUCCACCUCCCCCGGCACCGUCCUCCACCCCACCACCACCACCACCAC